UGUAAGUUCCAUUUCUGCUAGUUGUGUAACGGUCGGCCAAUCAUACACAAGUAUGAUUGCGAAUUAUAUUUUUUUGAUUCUGUUCAGUGUUUUUCUAUUACUAUGCAUAUAUUCAUUCAGGAGAUUUACUUAUUGGAAAGAUCGUGGAGUUCCGUAUGACAAGCCUAAUUUGUUCUUCGGUAAUUUAGGAUUUAUUAUGAGAAGAAGUUUUUGGGAUUACUGUUAUGAAUUGAGAAGUCGCCAUCCUCGAGACUAUGUUGGAAUAUUCCUCGGAUGGCAGCCCGCGAUGAUGGUACAGACAUCGGAACUUGCACGGAAUAUAUUGAAUAACGAUUUUGAGUAUUUUCAAGACAGAUCUUUAUAUUCCAAUGCCACUGAUCCCAUAGGUUCCCUGAAUUUGUUUACUGUAAAGAAUCCGAUAUGGAAGAAUAUGAGACACGAACUUUCUCCAAUGUUUACAGCGAUGCGACUCAAGAUGAUCACUGAACUGAUGAACGUCAACGCAAAAGAAUUAGUGCUCAAGAUAAAACGUGAUUUCAUUGAUAAAAAAGAACUCGUCGAUCUAAAGGAAUUAUUUUCAAUGUACACAUCUGACACUGUAGCGUACAGUGUUUUUGGAAUACGAGUCAGUGUUUUGAAUAAUGAAAAUUCACCUUUGUGGUAUAUCACCAGUCACAUGGUCAAAUGGACAUUCUGGCGCGGCUUAGAGUUCACCUUGAUAUUUUUGAUGCCUGCAAUAGCUGCUAUUUUGAAAUUGAACUUUUUUUCUAAACCAGCCACUGAAUACGUAAAAAAGUUAUUUUUCAACGUAGUAGAGGAACGUAAGAAAGUUAAAAACGCAACCUAUAAGGAUUUGGUGAGCCACUUACUGCAAUUAAAAGAAAAUGUGAAGCUACCAGCUGAUGCUGGGUCCCAGUUGGCUGAAGAUAUCAUGAUAGCGCAAGCUGCUGUAUUCAUUUUGGGCUCAGUUGAAACUUCAUCUGCUACACUGGCAUAUUGUCUUCAUGAAUUGGCUUAUCAUCCUGAAGAACAGGAAAAGCUUUAUAAUGUAAUUGCACAGGCGGUCAAUGAAAAGGGAAACGAGGUUUUGGAAUACAAUGAUUUGUUGGAACUGAAGUAUUUGACGGCAUGUAUCAACGAGACUUUGCGAAAACACACCCCCGUGCCACAUCUGGAUCGACGCUGUCAGAAGGAAUACAAAUUGAAUGACAAAGUUACCAUAGAAAAGGGUUUACCUGUUUUUAUCAACGUGCUUGCAAUACAUUACAAUGAGAAAUAUUAUCCUGAACCAGAACAGUGGCGUCCCGAACGUUUCAGCACAGUCAAUGAGGGCGACAAUCUCAACUACAAUUUUCUUCCUUUUGGCGAAGGACCGCGGUUUUGUAUAGGUAAAAGAUACGGAAUGAUGCAAGUCCGAGCAGCCCUGGCCCAGAUCGUGCUCAAAUACAGAGUAGAGCCAGCGGUACCGUAUUCGGUGCAGACGGAUCCCUACGCUGUUUAUGUUAGCGCCUAAAACUUAUCUGUGAAAUUUAUUGCACGUUAGAGGAAAGUGGAAAGUCGAUAAAAAUUGGGUUAACUAUUAUCCUAAUAAGAAAUUAAAAAGAACUAACUAUUUUCUGUGAUUCGACGCGUAAAAAACGUUCGACCUGAGAGAGGUGUUUUGUUUAUU